CGGACACCGGGGGUCUUGCAGCGAGCCAAGCCACCCGAGCGAAACUCCGAGUUGUUUCUUUGACGCAUUUGCUACACCUAAGCCAGUAUACUUCAAUCUUCUAAGUGGCGCAAACGCUACGUCUAUAUCCUGUGAAUACUCCUCAAACGGCGCAUCACCGCCACCUUUACCACGACAUCUAUCUGAUUGCCGCAUCUCGGUGCUCUGAGGCACAAUCCCAGUCAUGUUUCGCGCACAGCAGAACGCCUUCGACGACGCAGUCGCCAAGGCGACCGACGAAAACCUGACUGCCGAGAACUGGGAAUAUAUCUUGGAUGUCUGUGAUAAAGUCGCUGCGGAGGAGUCCGGAGCGAAAGAUGCUGUGGCCGCUUUGAUUAAGAGACUGGCGCAUAGGAAUGCCAAUGUGCAGCUAUAUACUUUGGAGUUGGCAAAUGCAUUGGCGCAGAACUGUGGACCGAAGAUACACCGAGAACUUGCGUCCAGAAGCUUCACGGAUGCGCUUCUGCGUCUAGCAGGUGAUCGUAACACACAUCAACAGGUUAAAGCCAAGAUCCUGGAACGCAUGCAAGAAUGGACGGAGAUGUUUGCUAGUAACCCGGAUUUCGGUAUCAUGGAGCAGGCGUACAUGAAGCUGAAGACGCAGAAUCCCAACUUGCAACCUCCAUCAAAACCGGGCAAAAGGGAGAUCACCGAUGCAGACCGCCAGAAAGAAGAGGAGGAGCUACAGAUGGCGCUGGCGCUUUCGAUAAGAGAAAAGCCUUCCGCGGUCCCUCAGGCCCAGCCACAAGCCAGCAGCUCCAAUGCCGCAGCGCCAGUUAGCGAAUCACCGGUAGCCGCAGCAUCACAGCCCGUUCCUUCCGGUACCUCCGCGGCUACGGUCUCCCGGGUGAGAGCAUUGUUCGAUUUCCAGCCGUCGGAGCCUGGGGAAUUGCAGUUCCGCAAGGGAGAUGUCAUUGCUGUUCUGGAAUCCGUUUACAAGGAUUGGUGGAAGGGCUCCCUGCGGGGCCAGACGGGUAUCUUCCCUCUCAACUAUGUCGAGAAGCUACCCGAUCCUACGGUUGAGGAGCUGCAGCGCGAAGCUCAGAUGGAGGGCGAGGUGUUCGGGCAGAUCAAGAAUGUUGAGAAGCUCCUGACGCUUCUCAGCACUCGCAGUUCCGAGCUCAAUGUGCAGGACAAUGAGGAAAUCACCACUCUGUAUCACUCGACCUUGGCUAUCCGGCCGAAGUUGAUCGAACUCAUCGGCAAAUACUCGCAGAAGAAGGAUGAAUUCACGCAGCUGAAUGAAAAGUUCAUCAAAGCCCGCAGAGACUACGAGUCUCUCCUGGAGGCGUCCAUGUCCCACCCUGCACAACCCCAGUAUGGACGACCGGCUCAACCUCCUUACGGGUACCCGGCUCCCGUAGGAUAUCCUCAGGCCCCGCCGGCACAGGCUGAUCCUCAACGAUACUUCAGUCCUCGUCCUCAAGAAGCUCAGCCCGCCCAGUCCACUCCCACCCCUUACUAUGGUGCAGAACAAGCUCACGCGUACCCUCCUCCUACGUCGCAAUCACCCGACCCGCGUGACACACCUCCCGCUGGUGCACCGUACCAGCAACAGCAACGCCAGCCCUCAACCGAGUCUUACCAGCCCACUUACCACCGCCCCGAGUCUACGUACGACAAUCCUCAAGAAUUAGGCACUUCUGUUUACGACUCUCCUGUCGAACAGCGACCUCAUUAUCCCGGACAAUUUCCACCUCCCGCUUCCGCGCAGCCACAUUUCCCGCCCCAGCAGCAGCAGCAGCCAGAAUACCCGCCAUCGUCUUACCCCCCUGAAGACGCCAACCGACCACCAGCUGGUGCCAACGCCGCCCACCAAGCACAACCUCCGUACCCCACCCAUCAGCCAGCUCCGAUGCACCAGCCUCCCCAAGUCCCGGGAACAGCAUCCACACCAACACCCUACCCUUCAUCGACCCCCGGUGGCGCCUCUUACCAAGCGUACAAUCCCUCGCAAACCGACGUGUCCAACCCUGCUUCAUACUAUCGGUGAAAUUUUAUUUUGUUGAAUCGACGAUGGACAGUGGUAAUGAAGGCAUUGAAGGCAUCUUACCUCCUUCCUGGUAUUCGCUUGUUGAUCAGGCCGUUCUCGGGUAGUUGGGAGACUUCUUGUUUCCAGUAGUAUGAGCUUUAGCAAGAGUGUCGAGCUUUUCCUUUUCAUACCACUUGUGUUCUCCAUAGCGUUCUUUUCUUCUCUGUUAUUCUAAUCUGAUUUUCUUCUUGUUUCUCAUUAUCUUGGCUGGUUCGUAGCAGGGGUGGUGGCGAGAGAUGUUUGGUAGCAUGGCACUAGUGAAGGGUUGUUACUGCUUUUUGUGUGUCUGGGCACGGGCUCCCUUCUGUCCUUCUCAUCUACCUUAGCUGUUGCAUCAACAAUACUUCAUCUCCGUCA